AUGCCUACUUCAAACAUUCUCAUCUCUGCCCUACUGGCAGGCCAGUAUGCAGCAGCAGCAUACAUUCCACUCAACAACAUCUCCAACCAGCCAAACGUGGUCAUCCAGUCCAUCACGCUCACCCAAACUGUCUACGCUCCCGCAUCAACAAUUAGCACCACAAGGCCCCGAAAGACUGUCACCAGCACUUCGACUCACAUCGUCUACGAGACGCCGACCGUCGUAGGAAUUAACCCCAUCAACGGUCUCCCAGCACCAACAGCUCGCCCAUCCCCAAGCCAAUCGAGCACAGAGACGAAGCCAAGUGUCUCCAAAUCUUCUACUGCUCGAAUGUGUGGUAGUGGACAAGGAAGAUUUUUUGAAUGUGCAAAUCCUACGGCUCGACCUAGUAUGUAUCAGACAAAGUCUUUUUCUUCUGCUACUACUUUGGCUACUACGACUAGAAAGGUCUCAUUGAGCACAAGUCAGAAGAGCAAUGUGGGGAUUGUUAUUACUCCUGUUACUACUGCGACUAGACAGGUCUCAUCGAGCAAAAGUCGAAGCAAUGUGGGGAUUGUUAUUACUCCUGUUACGAUUGCUAAUGUUUGA